UAUAACCUACAUUACGUUAUUGUUUUUAUUAGUUUGGAUGUGGACAAGCGUGAAUAGAUAGUGUAGAAUUUAGUUAAAUCAUCACAUUAAAUGACAGCAGGAGAGAGAAUGAGAAAGGAUGUCGAUAUAAUGGAUCGAUAUAGACUCCCAUGGGAAUUAUGCUCGCGUGACACACGACAGAUCGUAAGCUUUCAAGUGUCGGUUCCACUCAUGGUUACACUAUUAUUUGCGAACUUCGACGAAUUUGUGGGCUGAAUAUUUUUAAAAUAGACAUAAUUUUCUCAUGUUGAUGUUUAGGGACAUAGGUACAUAAUACUUCUGAAAUUAACUUUAUGAUUAUCACAUUUCUCUAUAAAUAGUUUACAUUUGAAUUCAUCCUGAUCAAACAAUGGAACUGUGUCAUUAUCAAUUUGGUUCUGAUUAUCAAUAACGAGCAGAAAUAGUGAUGCGUGUGUUGAAGUGUAACUAUAUAAUAGUGUACACAUGACUAGAACAUAUAAUGCCAUACAGUUCUUGCCUAUAUAUAUUUAUCAUUAUAAUGGAAUCCAUCACGUGCUGACUUUAAUUAUUAUCUUCUCAGCAAGAUAAUCAAUCUGCGAUCUUAUAUUGAUUUUCUUCGUAUUAUAAAAUUUUCAACGAAAUUCAAAUGAGGCAACCGAAAAGAAAAGAUGAUUGACAGUCUUCAAGACUGGAAGAGAAAAAAAAGAAUGGUGUUUUUAACUUUAAGCAUAACUUCAGCUUCAUCAUGGACAUUUCUCGCAUUAGUUGUCCUCCUUCUGGUGACUCCCAGUCCCGCAGCUAUUCGCAAAGCAGAACGAGAUCAUUGCAAUAAAACUGUCGAUAUCUAUGAAGAUGUUUCUAGCCCAGCUGUUACUUCUGGGACUUGGGGUAAACCUUUAACUUGUUGGUAUCGGUUUCGAGCCUUUCGUGGCACUCCUCGAGACUGGAUCCUUAGGGUACGAUUCAAAAAAUUUAAAGUUGGAGUACUCGCUAAUGCUACUCACUGUCUUGGAGGUUUCUUACAAAUUACAGAUGGAAAUACUAAGACAUCAGUGAGUAACCGCAAGGAGCCAGGAGUCUUUUGUGGGGAAUCUGAACAACCUCAAACAUUCAUAUCGGAAACCAGUUUCGUACGGGUUCUCUUUCAUGCUGACAAUUUCACGGACCAGACCUACUUUAGCUUUGAUUCGAGAGCUGAACAGCAAUUUGAGGUUUACCUUCGGUAUGGUCAACAUCCUGAGCUUUAUCCUAAUCGCAGAGGUGUAGUUGUACCUGGAAGUUAUUGCGAACGUGAUUUCAAAGACUGUCGACUUCAGACAUGUUAUGUACAAAGUCCUGCUUACCCUGGCAUAUAUCCUCGAGCACUCCAUUGCAAAUACAAACUUAAUACUAGACAGCCUUUCAUCAAACUAUACAUUGAAAAUGAAGAGUUUAACAUUGAUGGGCAACGAUGUGAAAAUAUUAUGACAUGUCCAAUGCGACCAAUAAGUUCUGGAUCCCAACACUGCCCUUUUGACUAUAUUCGUGUUUAUGAUGGUAUGAAUGAAACAGCGCCAGUAAUCGGAACCUUCUGCGGUAUGGGAAAGUUCCCUUACAGCAUAAUUGGCACCAGUGCCGAUCUUUAUGUUGAAUUCGUGUCUUCUCCUGCUGGACCACUUUUGAAUACUGGAUUUCAUUUCAAUGUUGGUAAUUGGCCAGCUCAUGUUGAAACAGCGGGAGUCAAAAACGGUAGUUGUGAUUGGCUUUUAAGCAGUGAUAAUCUUCAAAAUGGAGGUGAAGGGAUAUUUUUGUCCGUAGCUCAUUGGUACCCUCCGCAUACAAGUUGUACGUAUCUUUUGAGAGGUCGCCCGGGAGAAAUUGCUAGGUUAUACUUUCCCAGUUUUCGAGUCAAUCGAAUCGAAUCUCCUAUUCAACCAUAUGACGGUGACUGUGGUGAAAGCCUCACCCUUUAUGAUGCGAACUGGCCAGAUGAUGCUAGAAUCAUAAAAACUUUUUGCGAUACUUUCAGCAAACCUAUGGAAAAGCAUGAUUUUGUUUCAACAUCUAAUGCUAUGUUUGUUAGAUUUGAAAGCAAAACUGGAAGUUAUUCUGGUAGCUCACUGUAUUAUUGGGCACAUUAUGACUUUUUCAAUGCCAGUAGGUUUGGAGAACCAGUACCUAAUACCGAGUGUGACGAAACAUUUGCUUCAUGGAAAGCUCAUUCUGGGCAACUGCGUUCACCUCUCAACAGUCUCUUAUACAAACGGUCAGGUGAUCCACCAAAUGACUUGUCAUGCACCUAUACUUUCAUAACCGAUAAAAGAUUAUUUGCAAGAGUGAUACUGACCGUCGAAUCGGUAACUUUUAAAGACAACCCUUAUGCUCAAUGUAAUCAUUGCUGGGACAGCCAUGCUGAUAAAGUGAUUGUACGUGAACCAAAUCUUGAAGCAGACAAGGGUCAUUGCAUAUGUAAAUUGACUCCCCCUACGCCCCCCUUAAAAGUAGUUUCUCGUGGAGAAAAGUUGGAGCUUAAAUUUUUUCUUGAUGGCAGCCAUGCUGCCCCGAGUUAUUUUAAGCAAUCAUCAGCACUCUUUAAAGCAAGUUACGAGUUUGUCCAUAGUCCACUCUGUGGUGCAGCUUUACUACCACCAGCAACCGACGGGGAGAUUGAGUUUCCCAGCUAUGAAGCUCUUAGUUACGUCAGCCCUCCUCGGUCAAUCAAGUGUAUUUGGGAGCUACGAGUCAAUCCUGACAAAGAUUUGUGGUUGCACUUUGACAAGAUUAAGUUUGCAUCUAGGUCUUGCGAGGAUGGAAAGUUGGAAAUAUUUUUAGCCGGUAUAACGGAACCUUACUUAGCGAUUUGUGGAGAGAAUGUCAGUAAUGUCAGAGAAAUGCCAAUAUUUUCCGCAGUACAAUUAGGUCAGCCGAGAAUACCAGACGGCGAACCACCUCCUGUUGUUAUACAAUUCACCGGAUCGAUGGCACCGGCGAGGGUGGCAUUCAAGAUUGCUUGGACGGAACUUUUUCGACUACCUCGGGAUAGUAGUGGUCAACUUAACACUCAAAAACUACAAGAGUGUGGAUUUCAGUGUCCACGUAAUACGGGCUGCAUACCUGAGCGUCUUCUAUGCAAUGGUGUCGUAAAUUGUCCAAACAUCAAUUUGCCGUCAGGUGGACUCAAUAUCAGUCUAGUCGAGCCUAAUGAUGAGUCUGAUGAGACUUGCGGAGGUCCGGUAUCAAAUAAUAAUAACAGUGUUGUUGGCCCUGCAGGAUGGGCAGGGGCUGUUUUGGGCGCCAGCCUAGCAGUUAUUCUAUCUCUUACUUGUCUCAUUGCUGUUUGUCGAUUUUGUAGACGUCGUUCACGCUCUCGGAAUAUUCACGUACCGUAUUAGUCUCCCGUAAAGUGAUGUGUUCGCCAGGGAUUAUCCUAUCGGCUGUUACCGUUACAAUCGCAGUUACAAUUACAGUUACAGUUGCCGUGAUACUAUUGUUGGGUACUAAAAAUUUGUCAAUGUUGCUGUACAUAUCCUUUUUUUGAUAAUGGAUAUACAUCUAAUUCGAUGAAUUUAAUGUAUCCUACAGUUAUAGUGAAUUUAAUGAUAAUAAGCGAUUGUUUUCGCUACUGUUGUAUAAAUUUAAAUAUUGAAUGACUUUAUAUCAUCAUGGUACAACGAUAUUACCAGAAUGCUGUAAAUUCAAAAAUUUAUAAAUAUUAAAUAUAACAAUAGUGUUUUAUUUUAAUUAUCAUUAUUUCAGUUAUUUCUGCCGAAGUAACGACGGCUAUUAUGUAUAAUAAUA